GCAUUGCAUUGUGGGAUAUGUUUUGAUGAAUGAUAUCUCCUGGAAGGGUGUUAAUGUUUAAGUUUGUGGUCGCUGUGUCUUCUUUUAUCAUCAGGAUUGUUCAGAUGUUUGUGCAGAAUAGGGGCACUGCGCAGACUUCGGGCAGCGUGCCAUACUAAAAAUUUAGGGGAAAGAUUACUUUGAUAAGUUAUGUCAACACUUGUUACAAAUGAUCCUUGGGUAAUACUACAUUUGUGUUGAAGAGGAUGAUGGUGUCAAAGGUCAUCUAAGGGUAAAAGGUCUGUGUAAUAUACUGUAAACUAGAGAGUAAUUCAGAAUGGGCAUCCUUGGAGUCAUAAUAUCUACCAUUGCCUGUCAGGUGAUCGGCUUCAUAUGGUAUGGACCGAACCCCAUUGGAAGGAUGUGGUUGAAUUCAUGCGGCAGAAAGAAAGAAGAGUUACAGAAGACAGGGAAUCUACCCUACCUGGUUGCUACGUUCUCUAAAGCAAUCACGGCAUACUUUCUAGAUGGAUUUUUAAGAGCUGGAAUGGGAGUCGUCACAGUAGAGGAAGCAUUCUACGCCAGUAUCAAUUUAUCAAUCAUUGUUGCCUUGCUCGAAGCUACCCACGCCCCUUUCCAUGGAGUAGGCCUACCGGCGUACCUCGUCAAUAUCGGCUAUGAUGCUGCGUGUUUGAUGGUCAUUGCAGUAUUAGUUAUAGCAUUCUAAUUUAUCCCUUGUUGUCCUUCCGCAUGUGUUUUCAGGUAUGUAACUAGAGCCCUGUUACAUGAUAUGAUACAACCAAUCUAACUAUUAUAAGUAUAAAUCUAUAGAAAUAUAUGAAUGAAAAGUUACAAUUGAUUGUUAUUAUCAAUUGUAUCUCUUUGUUUUACAGGGGUUUGUCCCAUCAUUAAAAUUCACAAAAUGAUUGUCUUCUUUGAUCAUGAACAUGUAUAAUGUAAAAUCAGUUAUUAUCAUGCCAUUGUAUAUUGUAAUAAUUGAAAUGCAAUUCAAAUGUGCUUGUAAUCGUAGCAUACCGGUAAUUUUUGUAACAGCAAUUUUUUUUGGUUUGGGUUUUUUUUAUAUAGUAAAUAUGAAGCUAUCCAUCUCAUCUUAAAGAUCCAGACCGGACCCGAAAAUGAAAUUGAUAAAUUAUAUACCAAUCGAAAGCUUAUAAGCUACUAAAUACAGCAAGGUAUGCUUUAUGCAUUUUCACUGCUUCCCAGCUGAGUAUUUUGCUUAAGAAUAUUCCAAUUAUCGGGCUUCGAACCCCGCUUAGAAAAUAGGCUUUAUUGUGCUUUUCACCUGCCUCGAGACCGUGACGUCACGUUGUGUAAGAAGCGUCGUGAUUCCAUAGGUUUGUACACAGAAAAAGUGGGUGAUUUUUUUGCUUUCCAAAUAACGCAUUUCAUUCUCUUCACUUCUAUCACAGAGGGAUAUCACAUAUAUUUUUACCCACAAGCUUGAAUUUAUGAAAUCUACAGUUUUGAACUAGUUUUUGCCAUAUUUUAUUUCCUGCUUAUUUGGCGCAGAUUUCAAUUCUAUCUGCAUUUAGAUUAUGUAUAACAACUUUUCCUGACAUAGCAAUUUAGGCCCAAUAAGAGCCAAACAAAGAAAUCACAAAAAAGGUAGUGAAUAGUUGCAGGUUUACAAAAAUUUGAACAGUGAAUAAUUUUGAGUGCCAUUUUCAUCUGAAAACGAAAAAAAUAAUGGAUUCAUAACAUGGAAAUGGAAUAAAAUACCCAAUGCUUUUGUACACAAACCUAUGGAAUCACAACCCUCCUGACACAACGUGACGUCAUCAUUUCCAGGCGACGUGGGGGUGCUCAAUCGAAGCGUACUUUGGAGGAGCAGUUUCUUUGAUUUUUAUUCUAUAUUUUUAACUAUUAGAAGGAGAUAUAUAUGUAAUAUUUUUGGUAUAUUUGUAUUGUAUGAAUCAUUACCUUUAUUUUGAUAUAUGAUUGUUUUUACACCGGUCAGGGUCUUUAAAGUUUUUACAAUAUUUGCAUGCAAUUAUGAUUAUACAUGUAUAUCCUUAACAGAUAAAUGUCAAAAUAUUUGUAACCCCAAUUGUUUGUCAGCAAAUUGGUGCCUGUUAAUUUGAUUUUUUUUUAUUGGACAGAAAUAACAUGUGAAGAGAUUAAUAAUUGAUUUCAAAUGUGCCAAACACCUUAUUAUCUUUGCAAUACAUUUUUUUUCUCUACCAUAGUUUAGUACAUGUAGGUCUACUGGGUAUUAUCUACAUGUAUGUUAACAUUCCCAAUGAAAAGAAAAAAACUUCUUUGAAUUAGAGGGGGUUUAUGAAAAUCGUCUUACUUUUGACAGAAUCUUUAUAAAUUUUGAGCCAAUGGCUUUUUUCUUCCAUCUUGCUAAAAAAAUAAAACCCAGCACAAAUGCCCGAAGAUGUGCUCUUUACUUGAAGUGCCAGUAUGCCCUCAUUUUAUAAGGGAAAAGUUAUUUUAUUAUUUUACAUGUCUUAUAAACAAUGUAUAUUUCUUAUAUUUAAACUGUGAGCCAAAUACUUCCGAUUAUUAUUUCCUUUGUAUUCCAGUAAUCACUCAUUCAUUUAAAAUGCAAAUGCUUGGUAGUAUAGUGUUUUAUAAACACACUAUUUUAGUAUGUUGAGUAUCAUAUUUAAAAUCACACAUUUUCUUUUACCUUGUACAUGUAUGUAUUCAUCCUCUAUCCAUGGGCAUUACUCUGUAAAAUAAAAAAAUGUUAGUUGCUGUAAUAUCUGAUAGCUACAAAGGAUAAAAAGCAACAUUGCAAGACACCAUACAGAGUAAAAGAAAUAAGCUUUCAUGGAGUCUUGAAAUAAGACUAAUGUCAAUGUCUUGAGAUCGAAAAACACAGCAAUUUUGAUAAAAUUGAUGUGUAAUAUUUUCCUACCUUUUUUAUUAUGAUACAGUGAAGUAAUACUUUUGAUAUUAGACAAUUGAUGCAAAAUUGAUUUGGGUUUGAAGGCUUUACAGUUAUUCAGAACCUAUCAUUACUAUAAAAUCCUUUUUGUUCCACAUCUCAAAAUGGAAAAAAUGGUGAGUUCCUUACCUCUGUUUGCUACCCCUUUUAGAAAGAUUGGUGUAAAGGCAAAAUCAUAUUCUCUUUGAGUACCUUUUUGUAUGGGAAGGACAUGAUGGUCCCUUUAUCCAAGCUUGAAUGGUGUUAACAGAGGACCUGUUUUCAUGGUUCAUUUGUUAUUGAAAUCACAAAGUUAUUCUUCUGUAUGUAAUUAUUUCAAGGGAUGGGUACUUGUAGUUUCUAUGCAAAUCACUUCUCGGUUCUUUCAUUUAAGUUGUUUUUUUGUGGACUGCCUUCCUACUUGUCUUCUGUAUUCAUUUGUAUUAUGCAUUUAUGUAGUAUAUUCUUUGUAUAUUUAUGAAUUUUGCUAUAUAUAAGCAAUCAUUGGUUUAUUCUUUACCACAUACAAGAAAAUAGAAGCGUGAAAUCGACCAGAAUUAAUAACACGUACAUUUGUUUUUCAGCAGUAAAUGCUAUAGAGAUAUAUGAAUUUGAAGAGAUAGGAAGAGAGAGGAAAAAUUAAGAUACCUCUAUUCAUGAUGCAAAGUAAUGUAAAUUUUGAAUUUCACUAAAAAUUUUAAUGUGUUUUUCAAUACAUCAUACAUGUAAGUUUUUGUUGUCUUCUGUCACUACUCGUUGUAGUCAAACUUGCAUAAAAGCAGUGCAUGAUAUGUGAAACUUGUAGACAAGCCUAUAUGCUGUACAUAAAUGGAAAGAGGGCUACUUCAAAAGAUGAUACGACAUUUGCUCCUGCGACAUUUGUAUGAAUAUCUCAGAGGGCAUAGGGUUAGAGUUAAGAUUGUAAUGGAGUUUUUGGUUCAGAAUAAUGUAAAGAAAAGAAUUAGGGUUUAUUUAGUUUUGGAGGUUAGGUUUUAUAUUUAACGUGCAGAUUUUCCAUUGGAGCAAUUGUCGCCGGAGCAACUGUCGUGUAACCACUUCUAAACACAUGUACCAAUCAAGUUCUUGUAAAAACUCAUGUUUGUGCUAAGGCAUUAAAUCAAGGUUUAGUUAUCAUUAAAAUAAACCUUGCCUGCAUGCUUCAUGAUAACUGCCUAACUUUAAGCUUGUAAUUAUACUGAUCACUGCAUAUUGGUGCUAAUUUGUAUGGUGGCAAAAGUCUUCCUCUUUUGCAAACAUAUAUUACAGCAAACAUGUGGUUUUAUGAAAACCAUACAUUUAUUUUAUAUUCAUGUUUUAUUGCCUUGAUCACGAGACUAGUUCUUUCAAAGAAAUUUUAGAAUUAAUUUGUGAAACUCACGUUCUAAACGUUGCCUCUGAAUUAGGGAGAGAUUAAAAGAUUAUCCCUUAUUGUGUGUGGAUUACACUUGAACUCGAUGAGGUUCAUAUUAAUUAUGACGAUUCAAAAUCACUAAAAAAUGUAGUAUUUAUAAGAGUAAAGAUUAUCAUCACAAAAUAAUCAAUUUUAUAAUUCUCUUUUUCUCCAUCUCCCUGUCUUUUUGUUCUCCUCUUUAUGAUUAUUAUCAUUGAUAAUAUUAUCAUGAUCAUCAUUAUUAUUGUGAUUAUCAUUAUCAUUGUUGAAUUUCCAUCAUAUAUUAAUUUUCAUUACCUUAAAGCAAGCUGAAAUUUAUCAUUUCUAUUCUAUAGUUUUAUACAGAUGCAUGUUUUGUUUAACCUUGAGUAUAUUAUUGUGUUUAUUAUUAUGCUGCAUGCUUAGUCACACAAGUUAGUCAAGAUUUUUAAUUAUUUUUUUCCCCAGGAAAAAAUUGUUUGUUACUCUUUAAAGUCCAUGUAAAUAUAUGUAUUUUUAGAAAACAGGUAGUGGAUGGUAUUUCAUAAAGCUGUUUGUACAAUUACACACGACUUUACGAUUGACUGGAGCAUGUUCAUGGGUCCUAAAUCAAUUACAUAGGGAUAUAUCAUCUUAUUAUUAUUAUUAUUUGUUUGGCGUCACCCGAGCCUUGGAGGUGAAAAGCGAACUGAAUCACUGUGACCUGCAGGUCUCUCCUCACGAUAUAACUGAUAAGGGGGGAUGCAAGUGGACCACUACACCGCGGUUCCCCCCUACUCUUAUAUGAAUAGUGCAAUGGGUUCUUAAUGUGCAAAGGUGGCGUCUCUCCUCUACAUCGAGCCAGGCCUCCAUUUAACGUCCUAUCCGAGGAACAGUGUUUUCCUCUGUAACAAAGCCACGUUUACAACAUGACGCUGGCUUUAGUCAUCCGCCCGGUUGGACCCGAACCCCACGACCUUUGGUUCGACAGGCAGACGCUUAAACUGACUGCGCUAUAACUUGCUCCCUGCAAAUCUAUCACAAAAAAGGAUCAGCAUCCAUGCCUAAAGUCAUUAGUACAUGUAAAUUACUAACAGCUUUAAGAAACACCCAUCCGCCAUCCAAGAAAAUUAUAUAUGAUUCAGAAUAUCUUGAUCGGGGUGUACCUCAGUCGUGAAUGAAAGUAACAAAGUAACAAAGAGAACAAGAAGAGUGUUAAUGAUAUUCAAUGUCCCCUGAUCAUUGUAUGGGAUGAAAAUUAGAUUAAUGUCAAUAACGUGUGAUAAUUGGGCAUUUUCAAAGAGAUUCGGGUGGAUGUUUCAUAAUGCUGUUCGUCAUUUAAGAGCAACGACUGGUGAGCCUUUCUUACGUGCUAAGUAAUCACCAAUGAAUAUUUAAUGGUGAAUAUCAUUUUCCACAAGAGAGGAUCACCAGUCCUUCUUAAAGUCACUCUUAACCAACGAACAGCUUAUGAAACGGCCCCCGGGAGUUAAGCUAUAUAAUGUAGGUUUUCUGUACACUUGCUGAAAGUGCAGACAAUAUUUAAAAAAGCCAUUUGAAUGUGUAUCAUUGUAUUUACUUUCCUGAAAUAUAAUAACUUUUUUUUACAAAAAUGA